GGGGGGGGGGCUGUGAUCGUUAAUAAAGUGGAGCUCGGCAGCCUUCGCCGCUCAGUCCGCGCCCGGGAGAGCGCGGAGCAAGGGAGCGGAGCGCACGUUACCUUCGCCUGUCAUCGUCGUCAAUCAAUCAUCGUCGCGCCUACCGAGGGGCCUUUAUCAGGCAUGGCUAGCGGGGUUGGGGCCGGCGCCAGCACGGGCGAGGAAGCCGCUUUCGACAAGAAGGCGCCCGAGAUGGCAGACGGCGCAGCGCCCAGCCCGGCACACUCCAACGCCACCGGAAACGGCAAGGAGGAGAAGGUGCUGGACGGGGAGAGGCUGUCAAAGGGAGACCAGGGAUCGGCCAAGAGCACCCCGAGCAAGGGCGGCAAGUCCCCGGCACGCGGCUCGCGCAAGCAGCGCACGGUGCCCUGCUCUGUCAGCCUGCUUGACGGAUCUGUGUUCCCAUGCGACGUCGACAAACAAGCGAAAGGGCAGGUCCUAUUUGACCUUGUGUGCGAGCACCUCAACCUGCUGGAAAAGGAUUACUUUGGACUCAACUACCGUGACAAUACAGAGCAAAAGGAGGGACCCUGUCUUGUGAUAUUUCAGAAUUGGCUGGAUCCAAACAAGGAGAUUAAAAGGCAGGUGCGAGCAGGAGCCUGGACGUUCAUCUUUAACACCAAGUUCUACCCUCCAGACCCUGCACAGCUGACUGAGGAUAUCACCAGGUACUAUAUUUGCCUGCAGUUGCGCGAGGACGUGGCGAGCGGGCGGCUGCCCUGCUCGUUCGUCACGCACGCCGUGCUGGGCUCGUACGCGCUGCAGGCGGAGCUGGGCGACCACGAGCCGGACGAGCACGGCCCCGGCUACGCGUCCGAGUUCCGCUUCGCGCCCAACCAGACGCCCGAGCUGGAGGACAAGGUCGUGGAGCUGCACAAGACGCACAGGAACAUGACUCCUGCAGAAGCUGACCAGCACUUUCUGGAGAAUGCUAAGAAGCUGUCUAUGUAUGGGGUGGAUCUGCACCAUGCCCGGGACUCGGAGGGUUUGGACAUCAUGCUGGGCGUUUGCGCCAACGGGCUGCUCAUCUACCGGGACCGCCUGCGCAUAAACCGCUUUGCCUGGCCCAAGAUCCUCAAGAUCUCGUACAAACGCACCAACUUCUACAUCAAGAUCCGGCCGGGCGAGUUUGAACAGUUUGAGAGCACCAUCGGAUUUAAACUCCCAACGCACAGAGCUGCUAAACGGUUGUGGAAGACCUGCAUUGAGCACCACGCUUUCUUCCGGUUGGUGUCGGCCGACCCCCAGCCCAAGUCGCGCAUCUUCACGCUGGGCUCGCGCUUCCGCUACAGCGGCCGCACGCAGGCCGAGACGCGGCAGAUGAGCGCCGCCAUUGACCGCCCCGCGCCCGCGUUCCAGCGCUCGUCGAGCAAACGAAAGACGAGCACGCGCAGCCUGGACCGCGCACCCAUGGUGAGCGACCACGAAAAGGUGUCACUGGACGGCGCAGCCGCUCGCGAUGUGCAGCCGCCCUCCGUAGACUCCAACGGUGCCGCGAAGGUGGAGGCCGUCCCCAAGGCCUCUGCGGAACCCCACGAGGCCCCCCCCUCCGCCGUCGACAAACAGCGGCGGCAAGGUGAUGACGGGGCGAGGGCCGCUAAGGUUCCCAGCGGCAGCAGCAAGGGGGGCGGCUUGGUGGCUAUGGCAACACCCGAGGAUGGAACCACGCCCAACGACCAGACGAGCACGGAGGGGGAGGGGGAGAAAGCCGGCAGCAGCCAGACGCCCCCCACGGGGAGAGAGAACCAUCCCAGCAGAAGAGUGGCAGGUGAAAAUGUGUUUGUUAGGCAUAGCAGGCUCAUGCUGGAGGGCCUCGACGAGAAGCCGGAGCACGCCGUGCGGCACCAGGCCAACCUGGCGGAGCUCAAGCGCUCUUUCCUGGGCGCCCCGCAGACUGCGGACGCCGACUGGAACAAGCGAUUCUCCGGCGAGGGCGGAGUCCCCGCCACGGCUGGCCCAGCCGCCAAACAGUCCAACGCUGACACCGCACCACCGGGUGGGGGUCCGCUCGCCAACGGCACUGAGGACAAGCCGGAGCAGCCGCCUGUGGUUCAGACUGAGACCAUGAGCUUCAACUCGGCCUCCCCGGCCUCCGGUACGGAGAUUACCACCCGCCAUGUGCCGAUUGUCGCCACGGAAACGAAGACUAUCACCUACGAGGCUCCACAGGAUAUUGUUGAAAAUGAUGGGAAGCCAGGGCUGCUGAUGAGUGCACAGACCAUCACGUCCGAGACCUCCAGCUCCACAAUGACUACACACAUCACCAAGACUGUGAAAGACGGCAUCUCAGAGACGCGCAUCGAGAAGAGAAUUGUGAUCAGCGGCGACUCGGACCUUGACCACGACCAGGCCUUAGCCCAAGCAAUCAAGGAGGCCAAAGAGCAGCAUCCAGACAUGGCAGUGACUCGCGUCGUCGUGCACAAAGAGACGGAGGUUCUGGCCACCGCUGACCACGAGUGAACCACACCGGACACGUACGAACCAUCGCAGACAUGGGAAAGUGUGGCUUGUACUGAACAAACCUCGCUCGUCUGCAGCUUGCAGAGGUGCUUGAGGAGCGUACAGAACAAACCCGGAUGGGUUGUCCUUUUUUUUAUUCCUUAAUAUAUUACAUCGUCAUGAUCCCGCCACCGAUAGUGACAGCCACGGGGGAGGGGAUAAGCACCUUGUGAACGCAAAGCCAAGAGAGCAACAACUCCGAUGCAAGCUUGCACACGCAGUCAGCCAGGGGCAUAACUUACUCGGUGAUUCAGGUGAAAACACCCGCCCAUGUAAAGUCGACGGAACGUUUUUUACUCUCAGAUUAAUGUGCACUUAACGUUGAAAAAUUUGGACACGUUUGAAGUUAAACGUAAACAGUUAUUGGGGGACAAAUGGCACUUGCAAUAUCUUUGUGUAAACUUGACAGACUCCCUUGACUGGAUUUUCCAUUUUGGAGACAUAUUUAAGUUAAAUAUAUGGGUGUCGCACAGUGCGAGUCUCCGUGCCGAAAAUGGAAAAUGCUUCGAGGCAAAUUUCAGUAAGUGAACACAGAUCUGUGAAUUUCGAGGAAAGUUGUCCAAAAAAACACCAGAGGCAGGCCUAUAUGAGGACUCUCAAUCAGUUUGUUUUCGAUAAUGAACAAGGUCACAAAAUCUGUCAGUGGCCCAACUAAAUCACUAAACUCUGUUAAAGUUUGUGACCUUUACAGUUUCCCACAUCCUGGAUAAUUCGCCAUCCCUACAAGUCUCAAGUAUGAGCUUCAGCGGGGGGGGGGGGGUGGUGGUGGUGGGGGCGUUCCAGCAUUAAAUGUUUUCAGUCGUUUAUUCCCGGAACGUUUCGAUUAUUUUCGCGUAGACGCAAGUCCACCAUGUUACCAAGUGUGGUAGUUUACUGCAGUUAACUUCCCCCCCCCCCCUCCAGCCUUCUUCAGUAAUGGAUGGAAAAACUUUCAUUUUAACCCCGCGCACACAUCUGUUUUAUGUCGGUAGUGCCAAUAGCAUGGGAAGCGCACUAGAGAUGUUAUGAUGACUAGUUUUUUUUUUAUAACACAUUCUGAAGUGCAUUUCCUUCGUGAAUUUGCACUCAUUCUGUCUUGGUUUUUUUUGUGCUACCUAUUUAUGUCUAAGUUGGUAAAUGUUUUUUUAAAACUGCACAUUUUAAACCUGUGAUGAAGACUAACUUACUUUCGUUGUACAACUUAUGUAUUUUUCUUUUUGUACUUUGUGUUUUCUCUUGAGACGUGAACAAAGACUGUUCCUUUCACCAGAAUUGACAAUUCCCACAGUAGCAUCGGUGUGUCUUGCCAGACUCUGACAUCUUGUGAAGUUGAAUCUUAUACAUGUAAAAUGUUACAGCUGCAAGCCAGGAAUUUGCACCUGUUAAAAAGAAUAAAAGCGGAAUUUAAAAAAAACAUUCAGUUGUGUUCA